AGACGUCCGUAAGCUCCUUCGCGCAGAGAGGUCGGCCGUUCUGAGAUCAUUUCUGGCCAGGAUGGCGAGAUCAACUGUGUUAUUGUGCGUCCUCCUCUUCGGUCUAGCUGUGGCAUCAAACCUCAGACAAAAACGCCAGGAAGAGGAAGGUGAUGCGGACGAUCAGUCAGUGGACGAGCUAUGCGAGAAUCGACCACCUGAUGAGUACUUCCGGCUGAGUACAGAGGGCGACUGCAGGGAUGUCGUGAGGUGUGACCAGGCUGGGGAGAACGGUAUUACUCGCCUUGCAUCCGUCAGAUGUCCUAACGGCUUAGCUUUUGAUAUAGAGCGUCAAACUUGUGACUGGAAAACCAAUGUUAAAAACUGUGAUAGAAUAGAAAAGCCCAGGAAGGUGCUGCCCAUCCUCAAGACGGACGAACCCGUGUGUCCUGAGGGGAAGCUGUCCUGUGGCAACGGCGAGUGUAUCGACAAAGAACUCUUCUGCAACGAUAAGUUCGAAUGCAAGGACCAGUCCGACGAGAAUGCUUGUACCGUGGAGACAGAUCCCAACAGGGCACCCGACUGUGACCCGAACCAAUGUACUCUUCCGGACUGCUUCUGUUCUGCUGACGGUACCAGAAUUCCCGGAGCCAUCGAGCCAAACCAGGUACCUCAGAUGAUCACCCUGACCUUCAAUGGCGCUGUUAACGUCGACAAUAUUGACCUAUAUGAGGAAAUCUUCAACGGCCUGAGACAGAACCCGAACGGCUGUCAGAUUCGCGGCACAUACUUCGUGUCACACAAGUACACCAAUUACUCAGCAGUACAGGACUUGCACAGACGAGGGCAUGAAAUCGGCGUUUUCUCCCUGACGCACAAAGACGACCCCAACUACUGGACUGGUGGCACAUAUGAUGACUGGCUGGCCGAGAUGGCAGGAGCCAGGCUCAUCAUUGAGCGCUUCGCCAACAUCACCGAUGGCUCCAUCAUCGGCAUGAGAGCGCCAUACUUGCGGGUGGGAGGCAACAAGCAAUUCGAGAUGAUGGCUGAUCAGUUCUUCGUCUACGAUGCGUCCAUCACAGCUCCUCUGGGACGUGUGCCCAUCUGGCCCUACACUCUGUACUUCCGCAUGCCCCACAAGUGCAAUGGCAACGCGCACAAUUGCCCCAGUCGAAGCCAUCCAGUAUGGGAAAUGGUGAUGAACGAAUUGGAUCGUCGUGAUGACCCCACGUUUGACGAAUCCCUGCCCGGUUGUCACAUGGUGGACUCUUGCUCCAACAUCCAGACUGGAGAGCAGUUUGCAAGGCUCCUCCGUCACAAUUUCAACCGCCACUUCAACUCAAACCGUGCACCACUUGGCCUUCACUUCCAUGCCUCCUGGCUCAAGAGCAAGAAGGAAUUCAAGGACGAGCUCAUCCGCUUCAUCGAGGAGAUGCUGGACCGUAACGACGUCUACUUCGUCACUAUGCUUCAGGUUAUCCAGUGGAUGCAGAAUCCCACUGAACUGACGUCACUGCGAGAUUUCCAGGAAUGGAAGGAGAAGUGCGACGUUAAGGGCCAGCCCUACUGUUCUUUGCCCAACGCUUGUCCUCUGACGACUCGCGAACUCCCUGGCGAAACCCUACGUCUUUUCACCUGUAUGGAAUGCCCCAACAACUAUCCCUGGAUUCUUGAUCCUACCGGUGAUGGCUUCUCGGCCAAAUAAAAUAAUUAUUGAGAAAAGUGGGUUCUUAUUUGAACGUGCUGUUGCAAAACUAACUAAACCAUGUGCAGUGGUUACAGAAAAGCUUGAUUCCUGUGGAAUAUGAGGAACAGGUGAAGAAGGCCUUGAGGUAAAUUAUAAUUCUCCCAUAACUCAGCUGAGCGCUCAGAAUUCAGGCUGUCCUAAAUCUACUUCACAACAGGUUCAAUCCUUCGGUUUUCGAUUAAGAAGUGUACAAUUUUAUAUUCAAACAUCUCCGUUAGAAAAUAAACUUUAAAGGUAUGUUGUCUCUAAAAAUGUAAAAUAGAAGGAUUUAUAGAAUAGUCUGCCCUAUAGGAACGUCACGGGAAAACCCAUUUACGGAAACGAACUGCUGUUACCACCACUACCGCCAAAGCUAUGUGAAAGUGAGAGGAAUGUUUACAGAAUUGGUCCUAACACAGUGUUCUGCAAAGUAAUCACAAGGCCAUCAACUAGGAAAAAAUACUGCGCAGUGGAUAUACAGGACGAUGUCUAGUCUCUGCACUACGCUCUACUAAUUAUUCCUGUUCUUGUACUGCCCAUACAGGAUACAGGGAGGAAACAGGGGAAUCAGGUGGGAUCUACAGGGAGUACAAACUGUCAGUAAUGCUGUUAGCUACGAAACAACUUUCUCUUUAGUUGUAAGUGAACACACACGUCGUCUUAAUAUAAAGCAUUUAUAGGUUCAGAGAGAAAGUUAAGAAGUCAGAAUGACUGGCUAGAGAAAUGUUUCCAUUUUCGAGUUUCUGAGAUUUACUUGCCAAGCUUUCGUUCAAACGUAGAACUAGUAAAUAUUGCCCUAAAUGAAUUGCUGUACUUGUGUGAAACAAUAAAAUGUUACUGAUGUACAUACUGUGAUGGAAAUUAAGUAAUUUAUUUGUAAUGCUAAAUAAUAUUAAAAUUUCGGUGCGUGUGAUGCUUGAUUUA